UUUCUCCAAGGGCCACCAAGACGCAAGCGCUGUGAGAUCGCUUCCCCCGCCCACCAAGCUCUUUCGCUCGCCCAGUUGGAGUUAGCCGUGCACAUGCGUGCUUUGGCCGUUGCUCUUCCGUUACAGCCAUGGAAAUCAGCAGCAAAAUUGAGUGUAUAUUUUUCAGUGAAUUCCACCCAACACUGGGGCCUAAAAUAACGUAUCAGGUACCAGAGGAUUUUAUUUCCCGAGAGUUGUUUGAUACAGUGCAAGUAUAUAUCAUCACCAAACCCGAACUCCAAAAUAAGCUUAUCACAGUUACAGCUAUGGAAAAAAAGCUCAUUGGUUGCCCAGUUUGCAUUGAACAUAAGAAAUACACCCGGAAUGCCUUGCACUUCAACCUUGGCUUCGUUUGUGAUGCUAGAGCUAAGACCUGUGCACUGGAACCGAUUGUGAAGAAAUUGGCAGGUUACCUUACUACUUUGGAGCUUGAAAGUGGCUUCAUUUCCAAUGAUGAGAGCAAGCAAAAAUUGAUACCCAUCAUGACCAUUCUACUUGAAGAACUGAAUGCUACUGGCAAAUGCACUCUGCCUAUUGAUGAAUCCAACACAAUUCACCUGAAAGUGAUUGAGCAACGUCCAGAUCCCCCCAUUGUACAAGAAUAUGACGUCCCUGUCUUCACCCAAGAUAAAGAUGACUUUUUAAAUUCUCAGUGGGACCUCACUACUCAACAGAUCCUGCCAUAUAUUGAUGGAUUUCGGCAUGUUCAGAAAAUAUCAGCUGAAGCAGAUGUGGAACUCAAUUUGGUUCGAAUUGCUGUCCAAAACCUUUUAUACUACAGUGUAGUCACUCUUGUUUCAAUACUUCAGUAUUCCAAUGUCUACUGCACAACUCCUAAAGUUCAGGACUUAGUAGAUGACAAAUGCCUGCAAGAUGAAUGUCUCUCAUAUGUCACAAAACCAGGACACAAGCGAGCCAGUUUGAGAGAUGUUUUCCAGCUCUACUGUGGGCUGAGCCCUGGGACAACUGUUCGAGACCUUAUUUGCCGCUAUACCCUCCAACUCCAGAGAGUGGAUGAAAGAAAACUCAUCCAGUUUGGUUUGAUGAAGGGUCUUAUUCGGCGACUCCAGAAAUAUCCUGUAAAAAUAGCUCGGGAUGAAAGAAGUCAUCCAGCUCGACUGUACACUGGCUGCCAUAGCUAUGAUGAGAUAUGUUGUAAAACAGGAAUGAGCUAUCGGGAAUUGGAUGAAAGAUUAGAGAAUGAUCCCAAUAUAAUUGUCUGUUGGAAAUGACACUCUUCAAGGACGAUUAAUAUGCCCUGCUAACUUUUAAUUGGGCUGCAUGAGACAUUGUGGUGUCCUCAGGACUCUUCUGGCUCAUGAAAAGCAGCAUGGCUUAAACUGUGGUAGUCCCUGAAAAAAAUAUGGCAAAUGGAUUUGACUCUUUGGUCAGCAGAGAUGCAGAACCAUGCUUCUUUUGGGGGGAAGGACUGUUAAAAGACACACACACAGGUGCAUAAAGAAACUUCAGAAGGCUUCUGUGUUGAGCAAGGGAUAAAAUAAUUUGAAAAUAGUUUGGAAGGAACUGAAGUGGAAAAUUGUCUAGCAGGGAAUGCUGUACCAUAAAUCCUCCCCCUUAAUCUGCUGCUCUUCAGCAGCAGAAAAAAAUCUAUUCUGUUUAUUACUAUCUCAUUCUGGAUUUUUCCCAUAACUAAUAACCUUGUUUUUUAACAAAAGGAAUCUGGAUGUAUCAUACCCACUUGAAAUCCUUUAAGAGUUUGAAAAAAAAAUCUGCAGAUUAUAAAUCAUGGAUAAUCAUUCUAAUAAAAAGCAAGCACAGUAUUUUUAGGAAGUAAAAUACUGAAGCAAAAUUGUGGAAAUAAAACUGCGGCAUGGUUAUAUUUAAUAUAAUUGGGCUGAACCUAUUUAUAUACUUUUUAAAACUAUUGGUUGUGAGUAAGAAGGAUGGGCCUCUUCUAUUUUAUAAAGCUCAUAUAAACUAGAAUAUUUUUCUGUGGAAAUUUAAUGCAAAUGCAGCAAUUGAAAGGGAAACUAAAGAUAGUAAAAAUAAAAUUGUGUGUAGAA